GGCCGAUGCGCUCGACAACGUGAGGUUGGUAUCGGAGCUGACACGUGUCGGUUCUGAUGAUAGCCGCUCAUAUGGAACGAAUGGAACAAAUAAUGAGCAGGCUCAUUAAGCCCAAUCCAGCUCCUACUCGGCCUGCCCCUGCAUCGUUUCCCCUCUUACCUGCUCCGCCUGCUCCAGGAUUCGCCCCUCAGUAUCCCCAUCUAGCUAAUCCGACAGGAAAGAUCGAGUGUUUCAACUGCAGACAGCCAGGGCAUUUUGCCCGAGACUGUCCGCAGCCGAAACGUAAUCAGCCUCCCCCUGCUACGGCCCCUGUCGCCCUUAAUCAAGUACGAGUGGCCGCUCUGAUGGACACGGACCAGGGAGGAGAGCUCGUAGCGUAUGCUCCAGAACAGCCUUCCUCUUCGACGAUGAUAGCGUCGACCUCAGGAGCUUCUUCCUCUGACGCUGCUGACGUGGUCGAUCCCCUCGAGUAUCUCCGUCUUGCCGGAAUGAUCGGAGCCGUCCGAUCGGCCCAAGAUGAUCUCGAGUGGGUCGAUCGCGAGUCCAAUCCUGGACCACAGUUUUGGACAGGAGAUAUUGAUGUAUUGAAAACGCUUAAGCAAUUAGAUAUUCGUGUACCUAUCCCAGUAGGACAUCUGCUCACCAUAUCUGAAGCAGCGAACGAUAAACUUCUACAACAUUGCGAGAAAAAUCAAAAGCGCUUCACGUAUCAGCGCAUACAACGGAUGUUGAAGAAGAAGGAAGGAAACGAGGAGAUUGCACCUCCCAAGCCUGACACGAAAGAACCCGAAGCCGCACGAAUAGCAGCGAUCUCUUUAGCAGAAAAGGAUCACUUCGUACGAGCUCGACCAGUACUAUGGAAAAGUGCGGAAUGUGACUGUGAAGUUUGGGAUAAACCGUUUAAUGCCCUAAUCAACAUAGGGUCUUCUGCAGUGGCCAUAUCAUUGGAGACUGUUAAAAAGACGGGACAACUUGGAUCCAUUCUUCCUCAAUCAGGCAAAGACAACUAUGUCUCUGCUGACGAGGAAGCAAUGAACAUUGUACGCAUUAUCGAGAACGUGGCGGUAAAGGUCGGGCGAGUACACGUCCUUGUUAACGCACUCAUAAUAGAUGUACGUUCUUACUCUGUGUUGUUGGGAUUACCUUGGGCAAUGGCGGUGGGCGCACGUCUGCAUUUCGAUUCGAGACAACUGGAUUACUUGGGCAUGAUCGGGCGAUGGGCAACGGUGCUGCAAAGCAUGGACUUUGACAUUCGUCAUCGAAAGCACGAGAGACACGUGAAUGCGAACGGACUGACACGACUGCACCGGCCUGAGAAGGUUCCAAAGGGUGAGGAGUGGACGGGCACUAUCAAGCACCCCACGUGGAUCGAGAAUCCGAAGCUGCUGAUCAUACAGGGCUGGAGGACUAACGCGGAAGGAGAUCUUAUUGGAUUCCUCUUUGGAUCGGUACGACCGGGUCGCCGUCAGUUGAUUGCACAGGAGCUCAUCGCACGGAUCGUGCAAUUGGCAGACGAUCUCUCGCCCGACAUCUACUUUCAGAGCGACAGCAGUCCUGCUCCGUACAUUUUCGAGCGAUCCUUGGAUCCGUACCUUCAGUGGACUUCGUGCUUGGAGGAACCUAGGGACAAGGAUACGCUACCAUCGCGGCAGGAGUAUCUGAAGCCGUACGAGAUCAUCCCUUACGCCUUCUACUCGAGGGCAGAAGAAGUGGUGAUUGACGACAACGACGACGAAGAAGAAAACGACGACGAGGAGACAUCGGAGGAGGGAAGCUAUAGUGAACAUAGUGAGGGCGAGCUGAGCAAAGGGGAAGAAGGUGGAACCGGGUCCGAGUGGGAAGCCCCGCCGGAGGAAGCGACGCGUACGGGAACGGAGGCGGAAUAUCCGGAAGCGGCGUGAAAGCGCGAAGAGAUUGCCUCCGGAAAGC